AUGAGUUUUUUUAUUUGUGGUUCAAAUGGUAAACGACCAAAUAUUAUUUUUAUUCUAGCUGAUGAUCUGGGUUGGAAUGAUGUCGGUUUUCACGGUUCAUCUCAAAUUCCUACGCCUAAUAUAGAUGCCCUUGCAUAUUCUGGUGUAAUUUUGCAUAACUACUAUGUCCAGCCAUUAUGUACACCAUCCAGAACUGCGUUUAUGACUGGAAAAUAUCCUAUUCGCACAGGUAUGCAACAUGAUGUUCUAUAUGCAGGUGAAGCACGUGGUCUACCGUUAAGUGAACGAUUGUUCCCACAAUAUCUUAAGGAUUUGGGAUACACUAAUCGUAUGCUUGGAAAGUGGCAUUUAGGACAUUACAAAAAGGAGUACACUCCUUUGUACAGGGGUUUCGAUUCUCAUAUAGGAGCAUGGGCAGGACAUCAUGAUUACUACGACCACACCGUUAGCGAAAAUUCCUGGUUCGGAUUAGAUAUGCGCAGAGGUUUGGAAGCUGCAUGGGAUUUGCACGGGCAGUAUACUACCGAUGUAUAUUCCAAAGAAGGUGUAAAAUUAGAAAAUCACAAUUCUUCCGAACCACUAUUUUUAUAUGUAGCUCAUACCGCAGUACAUUCUUCCAAUUCCUACAGUCCUUUACCAGCACCUGAUAAUGUAGUCGAUAGUUUCAACGGCAUCGAAAAUUAUCAAAGGAGAAGAUUUGCAGCGAUUUUAACAAAAAUGGACGAUGCAAUUGGCGAGCUGGUGGAAGCAUUAUCUAAGAAAGACAUGCUGAAAGAUAGUAUAAUUAUCUUCUCAACAGAUAAUGGUGGUGCUCCAGCUGGAUUUAAUUUAAAUGCUGCCUCCAAUUGGCCACUCAGAGGGGUAAAAUACACGUUGUUUGAAGGUGCCGUAAGAGGCGCCGGAUUAAUUUGGUCACCUCUAAUUAAAAAAUCUCAAAGAGUAAGUAAUCAAAGAAUACAUAUCAGUGACUGGAUGCCGACGCUAUUUUCCGCUAUUGGAGCUAAUAUAUCAAUAAAUAAUUUGGAUGGCAUGGAUUUAUGGAAAAGUUUGUCUGAAGAUGCACCGUCGCCAAGAAGUGAGAUUUUAUUAAAUUUGGACGAUAGGUAUAAACAAGCUGCAGUCAUCGAUGGAAGAUAUAAACUAAUGCAAGGAGACAUUUUCAACGGAGGAUGGAAUGGUUGGUAUGGACCGUCUGGGCGCAAUAUUACAUAUAAUAUGGACAAAAUCUUAGCAAGUAAAACUAGAAAGGCUUUGGAGAAACUGGGAUAUGCUCCAACUCCAGAACAAAUUACCUCCUUAAGAAAACAAGCUGAUCUCGAAUGCCCUGAAAUUAAACCAUCAACUGAAUGCAAUUUGAAAAUGGGCCCUUGUGUAUUUGAUCUUGUUGCUGAUCCAUGCGAACAAAAUAACUUAGCUCAAAGUGAACCACAAAUACUAGAAAAAUUACAAGAUUUACUGGCUACCUACAACUCUAGUUUUAUUAUGCCUCCAAGCAACCUACCAAUUGAUCCGAGAUCCAGGCCGAGUCUCUUUGAUCAUACCUGGUCAAACUUUGGCGAUCAUAACAUUACUUUGCCCUUCUUCAACUUUUGCGAAAAUGUUAAAAGACCUCAUAUAAUAUUUAUUUUGGCUGAUGACUUGGGUUGGAAUGACGUUGGAUUUCAUGGUUCAUCUCAAAUUCCGACACCUAACAUAGAUGCCCUUGCCUAUUCUGGAGUGAUUUUGCAAAACUAUUACGUCCAACCAUUAUGUACACCAUCAAGAAGUGCUCUAAUGACUGGAAAAUAUCCAAUUCAUUUAGGAAUGCAGCACAAAGUUAUAGACGCCGGAGAACCACGUGGUCUUCCUUUAGGAGAACGUUUGCUUCCUCAAUAUCUUAAGGAUUUAGGAUACAGUAACCACAUGGUUGGUAAAUGGCAUUUAGGACAUUACAAAAAAGAAUACACUCCUUUAUAUAGGGGAUUUGAUUCACAUCUCGGAAUUUGGUCCGGAUUUCAUGACUAUUAUGAUCAUUCUGUGUAUGAAGAACCUUGGUAUGGUUUGGACAUGAGGAGAGGUAUGGAUGCUGCUUGGGAUUUACACGGUCAAUAUUCAACAGAUGUAUUUUCGGAAGAGGCUGUUAAAAUUGUAGAAGAUCAUAAUACAACUAAUCCUUUAUUUUUAUAUAUGGCCCAUGCUGCAGUUCAUUCUGCAAAUACUUAUAAUCCUUUACCAGCACCUGAUGAAGUGGUUGAUAGUUUUAAAGAAAUUGAAAGUUUCCAGAGGAGAAAGUUUGCAGCAAUAUUAAAGAAAAUGGAUGAUGCUAUCGGAGAUCUAAUUGAUGCCUUGUCACGCAAAAAUAUGCUGAAAGAUAGUUUAAUUGUUUUUUCCACUGACAAUGGAGGAUCUCCUGUGGGAAUAGGUCCAAAUUCAGCAUCCAAUUGGCCUCUUAGAGGGGCUAAAUUUACAUUAUUCGAAGGCGGUGUAAGAGGAGCAGCUGCAAUUUGGUCGCCUCUAAUUAAAAAGUCUCAAAGAAUUAGUAAUCAGAAGAUGCAUAUUAGUGACUGGAUGCCCACAUUAUUAUCAGCAAUUAAGGCAGAUAUUUCUAUAAAAGGCUUGGAUGGAUUAGAUUUAUGGAAGGCGUUAUCUGAAGACAAACCAUCACCAAGGAGUGAAAUUUUACUAAAUAUUGAUGAUAUUUACGGUCAGGCUGCACUGAUUAGCGGAAAAUUUAAGUUGAUAAAAGGAGAUAUAUUUGAUGGAGAAUUGAAUGGUUGGUAUGGACCUUCUGGAAGAAACGAUACUUAUGAUAUUGAGAAAAUGAUUGACAGCAAAGUUGGUAAAGCAAUGAAACGUCUUGGUCAAUCCCCAACAAUUAACAAAAUUAAAAAAUUAAGAUAUAGUGCAGAAGUCAAGUGUUCAGAAACAAAAGCAUCUUCAUCAUGUGAUUUGCAAAAUGGUCCAUGUUUAUUUGAUCUCGUUGCUGAUCCUUGUGAACGCAACAAUUUAGCAAACAGAAAACCAGAGAUCCUAAAUAAACUCUUAAAUUUGCUGGACAAAUACAAUUCCACUAUAGUUCCGCCAGGAAAUUUACCUAAUCAUCCACGAAGCAAUCCUAGUUUAUGGGAUCAUACUUGGACAAAUUUUGGAGAUUUUGAAAAUAAUAAUAUUGAAAGU